AUGUCGAUGAGCACGUCUGUUCGGAAGGAUGGCAAGAAAAAUCUGGCUUCCCAGUACUUGGAGGCAAUAAGCAUGCCCCACUUGUCACCUCUGAAACCAACAAACUCAUAUAGCAGCAGCACUCCUAGCUCUCCAACCAAAAGAGCUACUACUGCCAAUCUCAAAGAAAACGAGAACCCCUUCAAAUCUCCCCAGAAAACAACGUUUUUAGAGAAUGACUCCCCUGUGAAGAGACUGAUCAAACAAAAAGAACAAGAUACCAUUGAGAACAACGCCUCAAACUUUAUACCCAUUCCUGCUCCAUUUAAUUCUAAUCAACCUAGGCCUGAGCCACUGCAUAAACCCACCAGGAGCGAGAUCAAGACUAUGGGCCAAAUUAGUAGUGCGAUAUCUAACUCUCCAUCACUGAAAAACCUGAACAAGCUGAGGACAAUCGAGAACAAGUUGCGCAAGACUUCGCGUGUUGAGUCGGUCUCCAAGAAAUUUCAAUCAACACCAGUAGGUGCUGACCUACCAUCGCAGGUCGAGGAAGAGCCUAUCAAGUCUGGGUCCUGGAUGGAUCAUGAUAGAAAGUCACUUCAGGCGUACGAAUUUUUGUGUCGUGUUGCAGAAAUCAAGAUAUGGAUUGAAGAGUGCUUGGACGUCAAGAUUGAUUUGCAAAACGACUCAAUUGCCGAGUUUCAGGAGUAUUUGAGGAACGGAAUUCUGGUUGCAAAACUCGCUCAAAAGUUUGGCUACUCUAAAGUCAAGAACAUCUACUACGGAGAAAACAACCCGUCAGGUACAAACUACAAAAACAAAAGCGGUCUGUACUUCAAAUUUACUGAGAACAUUGUCGUGUUCCUCGAGUUCCUCAGAAGCAUACAGCUUCCCGAGAUGUUCAUUUUUGAGACAGCGGAUUUGUUCGAGACCAAAAACAUACCUAAAGUCAUUUUCUGCUUGCACGCACUGAGCUAUAUGAUGUCAGCUACGAAGAAGGCGCCUCAAUUGAAACGCUUAGAAAAAUAUGAUAUAAAGGACUCUGACAUCAAGAAGAUUCAAAUCAAAAUAAGAGGUCUCAAAUUACCGAAUUUCAAGAACAUUGAUGAUGGGGUCCGAGUCAACCUUGGAGACAGCUUGAUUACGACGAGGGAAUCUAAGGAAGAAGACAAGCCACAGAUAGAGACCAAGCUGGAUACUGCCUUAGUCAACACUGUAGAACCAUUGGACACAACCUUAGUUAUAGAGGAGACUGCGCAAGCUAGACACUUAUUUAAAGAAAAACACAACCAAGACGAUUUUGAUGUUGACAUCGAGGAGAUUCACGCCAAAUACACUUCCAUGAUCGAUCAUGACAAUGGUUUAAGCCUGAAGCCAGCAAGUGAGCACACUUAUGUUGCUGAGCUCAUCCAGCUGCAAGCUAUUGCACGAGGAACACUUCUGCGCUACGAAUUGUUUGUAAACAAGUUCAUGCUCAAGGUGUUCACGCCGGAUAUCAUCAGAUUCCAGUCUCUUAUCAGAGGGUCACUGGUUAGAUCCAAAAAGGCCACCACUCACCAGUCACUCAUGGCAAAUUCGAGAUCCCUUUCUGUGCUUCAGGCCAUUCUGAAAAAUGCCAAACGGGAGGAUAAAUACUCGGCAACACGGUCCAAACUGUUAAAAAAUGAAAGUUCGAUUGUUCAGCUACAAAGCUUCAUCAGAGGCGGAUUUGCAAGAGAAAAGAAAUUCGCUGAUAGAAAAGCGCUUCUUGGACAAACAAGUGCGAUUAUCAAAUUACAAGCCUGUAUCAGGGGAAAGUUGAUAAGGGAGCACAAAAAAUAUCUACAGCACAAACUUGCUCAUCGAACACGAAAGGCUCCAAGAAGAGGUAUUCCUAUUAGUGUUUCUUGCCAAGAACACCUGUCCAUCCAUUACCUUGAAAAAGAUUACAGGCUUAAUGAGUUGCUAGCCAUUUGCAGGGGCAAACUGGUUAGGGAAGAUAUUGCGCACAAACAUAAACAACUUUACAAACAAGCAUCUGCUGUGAAACAACUACAAACAAUAUUUAGAGGUGUCUUACAGAGGUUCUAUAUUGAGAUUCUUCAGGAUGACUUACAGGAUGCCGAGGAAUCAAUCAUAGGUCUUCAGUCUGACAUCAGGGGUUACCUACAGCGAAAACGUAUAAGGGAUAGAGAAGACUGGUUUAGAAAACCCGAAAAUCUUGAAAAGAUUAUCAAACUUCAAAACUGGUUCCGUGCUGCUCGCACUAAGCACGAUUAUAAAUCCUUGAUCUAUGAGAAAAACCCUCCUUUGAAAGCUAUAAAGAAUUUCAUCAACUUGCUUGACGGCCCUGGCUCUGAACUCGAGGACGAAAAAAAGAUUCAGAAAUACAAGGAUGAAAUUGCAAAAGAGACAAGAAGAAUUGAGCAAUGGGAGCUGGAUCUUAGUCAGCUAGGUGCCAAGAUUCAGCUUCUUAAGAAGAACAAUGUUUCUCUGGAUGAGCUUCUCAAGUUCAAAGAUGAAAACAUGAACUUGACUGGUUAUUCCAACAACCUCAACGAAAGUCUUAGUAAGAGCUUAGGAGCAAACCCUGAGCAGCUCUUGAUUAAGCCAAUCAGAACUCUGACCAGGUUGUAUGAGAAAUUUUUCUAUCUGCUGCAGACGAAGCCAUGUUACUUGGGCCAUCUGUUGACUUUAGUCGACAAUGAGUCCAUUACUUUAGAUUUGAGCAGUGGCUCCAUUGAAGGCUGGAUAUUGAAAUGUUUCAACUUUAGCAACUUUUCCGCACCGGCAUCAACCGCUCCUAAGCGUGAAGAAUUUCUUCUCAUGCAAUUGAUAUUGUUUGCCUCGAAUGAGUGCUUCGAGCAACUGGGCUCUAUUGCACGGCUGAAAAACUACAUCAAAUCCAGACAAACGGUGACAAACAGAAGCACGAAAAGUUGGGAGUCUCUCCUCAUGACUUAUGUCAAUUUACCUCAGCAAAGAGCAUUAGCAAAGAGUAUAUUGGCCGACUGUGUUUGGAAAGUGAUUACAGACGAAGACGCAUCUUACGAACCUGAUCCUGCAGCCAUUUAUAAAGACAUCAUUGAGCGUGAUGAGCUUGAAGGUCGCAUGACUUUAAAGUCGAUAGACGACUUAGACAACAUGGAUCCAAUUGACGAUGAUGACACUAGAAGACAAUUUGUGAAAAACUUGACAGAUUUAAGAGAAGCAUCCUACGACGUGAUGAAAACAAUAGGUAAUAUUGUCGACAAAGCUCCUGUGUUUAUCAGAGUAAUCUGCCGUGGGGUCUAUGACCAAAUGAAAAAGCUCUAUCCAGGAGAAUCAGAGAGAUUUUAUCUCAGCGCUGCGGGUUCGAUAUUCAUGAAGUCAUAUGUGCUACCUAUACUACUCAAGCCGGAGAAUUAUGGAAUUAAUAUAAAUGACAUUGUCGAAGAUGAGUCUCAUGUUUCAAAAGUUGGGGACAACCUUUUGCAAGUUGCCAAAGUCUUAAACCAGUUGGUUUUAAUGAGACCUUUCAAUACUGAAAAUGUGUACUUGCAGCCAUUAAACCCAUUUGUCGAGGAGUUCGUGGAAGGUGUCAGGAAAAUUCUCAAAGACCUCAUUGACGUGGGCACAAUCGAAGAAGCGUAUCAGAUGAAAUCAGCAUAUGAUGAUAUGGUUUCCAACCAAAAGCCUAAGUUGGAACUAUUGAAGGACGACAUUUCAGAACUGUUGCAAAUAGUUUUUGACCACCAGGAUGUCCUGGUAUCACAAAAAAACGAUUAUUUGCACUUCUUGCUGAUGGAAAUUGAAGAGUAUUCUUCUUAUCACAACAAGAUUGAGACCAGAAACAGUCUGGUUGAGAUGUAUUUGCAACCAAUUGCCGAAAGUACCGAUCCCGAAGUUGUUGGUACUAAGGUGGCUUUGUUGGAGGUGAAGGAAUAUCUGAUAUACAUUAUCAAAGUGCAAGAUGGUGCCGAUCUGCUGGACUUACUACUGAGCGAGAUUACUCCGCUUGACGAGUUCCGAUUCAAGGAAAUAAUCAAGGAAGAGAAGGCCAACAGUGCCCUACCCGAAUUUGGCAUGGAGAGACGAACAGUGCGCAAGAUUCACAAUUCAACGUUCCCGCAGUUAAAGAAGCGUGCCAUUGAACUGCUUCUUGAACUGGAAAAUAAUGGAUACAUUAGCCGUGAAGACGGCUACCAGGCAAUUCUCAACGAGAUAGCGCAUGACAUUAAGAUGAACAAAUCGAAAAAGGAGGAGAGAGAGCGCCAGCUCAAGCUAGUUAUUGACACACUGACCAAGUUAAAGAAGAAAGAGAGAACUUGCUCGAAGGUUUACUCAGACUAUAUCAAGGAAAUUGAUAGGGUGAUGAUGCGCAUGCAGCAUCAGAGUGUGCACAAGAAAAAGGGACCCUUACUCAAGUACUUCUCAAGGCAAUAUUACCACGAGAAAGAGCUCAAGAAGAAAAAAGGAUAUGUUCCUAAAUUUGGUUCUUACAAGCACUCCGCCAAACAUCUGAUGGAUCACCAUAUCCUGAUUGAGUUCUGCAAUACUAGUCUCACUUCUUUUGCAUUGAGUCGGAUUCAUUUCACCAUCAGCUGUGAGCGUCAGGGAGAGUUUACGUUCGAUAUUUCCAAAAAUUCUCUUGGUGUUAGUGGCCAUGAAAGGAUUACCAUGGACGAUUUCCUCAAUCUACAAUACGAACACAAGAAAACUGUCAAAUUAUUUGAUGAGAGCGUUUUAUUCGAUACGGACAACUUAGUGGCGUUUAUUUUCAAGAAGUUCUAUGAGGUGCACGAGAAUGUAUAG